GACAGCAGCCCGCUCCACCCAGCCGCCGAAACAGUCGAAGGAGAGGUCAUCACUGUGUCUUCAUCCUCCUUCACUUGGCUAUAUAAGGACCAUCUCUUCCUACCCAAUUCUUCACCAUUUCUUCCCAAAUUGCUUCUGAGAGUUAGCUUUGAGUGUGUAGAACGCAGUGGUGCUGUCAUAUUGGUGUGAGGUCGCCGGAGAUAGCCACAAUCCUUGCCGGAAGUUUCGCCGGAAAAUUUCCAAAACCUCCAUUACGCUUCGAGAAUGAGUCAAGAAACUGCACACGGACAAGGCAACAAUGAACACAUAAGUGUUCACACUGAAGCAUCUAGCUUCACCCCUCCUAUCCAAAACGAGCCUAUCAACCAAGAGGAUGUUCCUCAGAACAAUGCGAAUGCUGAUGGUCAACCUCACUAUGCAAUUCCUGUUUUCUUGGCAAACUUGCUUCAACAAGUGGCCAAUGCUCCAAUGUUUCAACCACCACCACCGCUGCCACCGCGUGUAAUCACUUUCAAAUUUCUGAAAGAUAAUGGAGGAGAAGAGUUUCUGGGCGAUCGAAUCGCCGAACCUCAAAUUGCUUGGAAUUGGAUUGAACAGACGGCCCGAGUGUUGAGAGAUCUGAACGUACCGCUUAACGACCACCCGAGACUCGCAUCACAAUUACUUCGUGGGGAAGCCUACGAAUGGUGGAAACGCACCGAUGAAAGUAACGAAACCCCGAAGCCAUGGACGUGGGAGUUCUUCGACUGGGCUUUCAAGAAAGAGUAUAUCCCAGCACGUUUCCGUGAAGCAAAACGUACCGAAUUUGUUGAGUUGCAACAAGGGGAGAUGACGCUUCCCAAAUAUCGCCAAAAGUUUGUCAGUCUUGCCAAAUUUGCACCAACGUUGGUAAGCACCACAACUGACCGUAUUGAGGAGUUCAGAUCAAAACUCCGACCUGAUCUCAGGGCUCAAGUAUCUGUCAUACCAACGGUAGACUUCACGGAAGCCUAUGAUCUUAUUGCUAAAGCAGACAAGGAUCUGAAUGCUUGUAAGGAGUACUUGAAGAAAGAAGGUGCUAGCACAAGUGAACGUCGACCUACAAAUUAUGUCUCGAGUGGGAAAAGACCAUUUCAAGGACCCAACAGCUCACACUUCUCCAAGAAGGGGAAAUCUGUACAAACCCAAUCAUUGGCAUCUGGCAACAGGUCAAAGGGAUGGAAAAACCCAGCGUGUAAAAUGUGUGGGAGACACCAUCCUGGGGAAUGUUGGCUUGCUCAAAGACUAUGUCUCGGUUGUGGAAAGCCGGGGCAUUUCCGAAAGAACUGUCCCACAAAUCCUGGAGAGCCAUUUCCACCUGCUCCUGUCGCCAGUCACGCAGCAUCGGCACGUCCCGCUCCAAGUCAACGCUCUACAGCAGGAUCUAAUCCUGCUAAAAAUCAAAAUCAACAGCAAGGACGAGCGCCUGCCCGCACCUAUGCAAUGAAAGGACGUACUGAAGAGAACCCUGAUGUCAUCCAGGGUAUGUUCUCAUUAUUCGAUACAACCAUGCAUGUGUUGAUAGAUCCUGGAUCGACAUUAUCUUACAUCUGUGUACCUAUGCCUAACAAAGCUGACAUAUUGAAAGAAAACUUAGAACACCCUAUACUAGUAUCUAACCCACUAGGACAUAGUAUGAGGUUACAUCAUGUAUACCAAGAUUGUCCGCUGAUUGUCGAAGGAAAACAACUCCUUGCAAAUCUUGUUGAAUUACCGUACAAGGAAUUCGAUGUCAUCCUUGGUAUGGAUUGGCUUACUGAACAUCAAGCUGUUAUCGAUUGCCGACAAUGGGUGAUACAACUGAAAAACAAUGAUGGAAAGACCAUUGAAGUGAAAGAAAAGCUAACACCCAAACCUACUAAAUUCAUCUCGUAUAUACAUGCUAGGCGCCUCAUCCGCAAGAAAUGUGAAGCCUAUCUAUGUAAUGUACGAGACACAUCAAAAGAAACUCCUGGAUUGAAGGACAUACCAAUGGUGUGUAACUUUCCUGAUGUAUUUCCUGAUGAACUUCCCG